AUGGAGAUGUCAAAUGCUUCCGACCCAGAUCGAAUUCCCUCCUCCGUCUUUACAAGGACUAAAUCAACAACACAAAAAGAUUGGAGUGUGGCCUCCAAUGAGUCUUUAUUUAGCAUCCAUGUAGGAAAUUCUAGCUUGUCCAGGGACCAUGUCCUUGGCCCAGUGGAACACCUGCCGAUGUCCACUGAUUCAGGCCUGAACCGGGCCGGAAUCGAUGCAGAGCAGGUUUCGUUGGAGCUGACUGCUGCAGCGGCAGCAAAUGCUGAGGCCAUGAAGGAUGUCUUGCCGGAACAUGCAGAGGAACAUGCUAAAAAAGAGCAGCAUUCAGCUGAGGAGGGUUCAACAUUGCCCACUAACUCAUUAUACCGCUCAGAUGAAUCAUUUGCCUUCCCGAUAAACAGAUUGACAGGUGAAAGAAGUGGUGGCUCAUUAAAGGCGGAACCUGGACAAUCGCCGCAGGUAGAUAAGGGAGAGCAGCUUCCACUGCAGACUGGGACCCCAAAAGCAGCUCCUGCUGCAGGAGAGAAAAGAUGGUUUCUGCUCAACGCACAAGAAGAGAUUUUUCAGCCUUCCUAA